AUGGACGACAAUGGCGAGGAUUGCGUGUACUUCGGGCGCGCGUUGGAGCGCGCGGAGGGCGCGGGGGGCCGCAAGCUGCACCUGGCGGUGGCGGAGGGGCGCGCGAAGCAGGCGGUGCCGCCGUGGCAGCAGGAGGCGCGCGACGAUGAGGGCAGGCGGCGGUUUCACGGCGCGUUCACGGGGGGCUUUUCCGCGGGGUACUUCAACAGCGUGGGGUCCAAGGAAGUAGGCGCCGAUGCGGCUGUUCCCUCGUCUGCUGUUCCCUCGCCUGCUGUCCCCCUUGCUGCCGCUGUCCUGCUCGUCUCGCUGCUUCCUCAGUGGUCCGCUCGUCGGCACGAGGGGCGAGGUGACGCAACGCCCGAGGGGGCGACGGCAGCAUCACUCAUCCCACUGCUCUCCCCUUCCACCCCCAAACCCCCUCUCUUCAUCCCAACCCCCCGCGUUUAUCUGCCCCCCAACCCCCCGCGUUUAUCUGCCCGCCAACCCCCCGCGUUUAUCUGCCCGCCAACCCCCCGCGUUUAUCUGCCCGCCCCCCCCCCCCCCGCGUUUAUCUGCCCGCCAACCCCCCGCGUUUAUCUGCCCGCCAACCCCCCACGUUUAUCUGCCCGCCAACCCCCCGCGUUUAUCUGCCCGCCAACCCCCCGCGUUUAUCUGCCCGCCAACCCCUCACCAUCCAACCCAGGGUGGCAGCCUGCAUCGUUCCGCUCGUCGCGCUCGCAGCGCGCGGAGGUGCAGCCGCAGCGCGUGGAGGCGCUCAUGGACGCCGACGAGCGCCACGACGCGCAGCGCAGCGCCGCGGCGGCUCACAGCGCGUUCGACACGUUCGGCUUCACCGCUGCUGAGCGCGCCCGCCACCUCGCCCCCGCCGCGGACCGGCGCCCCUCCGUGAUUCCCGGGGGGGCCGUGGCAGAGCUGCUGGCGCCCGCUGCUGACUCCAUCGGCAAGGCGCUGCUGCGCAGGAUGGGGUGGAGAGAGGGCAGGGGGCUGGGGCCGGACGAGGUGGCAGCUUCCAGGAAGGUGCAGCGCGAGGGCAGGCGGGCAAUGCUGGCGCUGGCAGCGGGAGGAAGAGGGUGCGGGGCGGGGGGAGGAGACGAGGAGGGGGAGGCAGAGGGGGAGGAGGACGGUGAGGAAGGGGACGCAUGGGGGGGUCGAGGGGAGAUUGUGGGGAAGGGCAGGGGGGCAAGGGGCGGCAAGGACGGGGGGCCGUUGGCGGCAGCAGCGACAGCAGAGGCGGCGGUGGCGGCGCAGCUGAGGGCGCCCAAGCGGGACACCCGGGGUGUGGGCUUCGAUGCUUUCCAGGGCGCUGAGGAUGUGCGAGAGCACAGGCAAAGGACGGCAGGGGGGGCGAGGGAGGGAGGGGAGAGGGGGGGAGAGAGGGGUCUGGGUGGAGGUGCAUGCAGGGGGGGAGAGAGGGGCCUGGGUGGGCGGCGCAGGGCGGGUGGUGGCAGGCAGUCACUGUUUGCGGCGGGCAGUGGGCGGGUGGCGGGGGGGUUUGGCAUCGGGGCUCUGGAGGAGGCUGGGGCUGAGGAUGAGGAUAUCUACGACUCCGCACUCCUUCUUGCUUUCCUCCUUCACUCUGCCCUGUUCUUCAUGCGCACUGCGCUCACCCCCUUGCCCUCUCCCCCCGUACGCCCUCCCUCCCCGUGCGCCCUCCCCCCCCGUGCGCCCUCUCCCCCCGUGCGCCCUCUCCCCCCGUGCGCCCUCUCCCCCCGUGCGCCCUCUCCCCCUGUGCGCCCUCCAGAGAUACCGGCGGGCGAGCUGCACGAGGUGGCGAGCCACGAGGGCGAGGAGGGGGAGGGGCGAGGCGUGCAUGCUGGCGGGGGUUUCAUGGCCGCAGGCAGGCGCGGGCAGCAGGGGGGGCAGCAGGGGGCGCAGGGAGGGGCGCAGCAGGGCAUGGCGUGGAUGGGAGGGGUGGGGCGUGGGAGCGGCGCCGCUGUGCUGCGGGGCUUCUGUGAGGGGCGCCGCCCGUGUGCGCGGGAGGAAGGGGGAGGAGAGGGCAGUGCGCGGCUGGCGUUCCUGGUGGGCGGGGAGGGCAGUGCGUACUACCGGCGGCGCGUGUGGGAGCUGGCGGAGAGGCAGAGGGCCGCCCAGGGCAGGGCAGCAGCGGGCAAGGCGGUGGGGAGCAGUGGGGGGGAGCACCUAGGGCCUGAUGCGCGGGGCGCGCUGCUGGGCGAGCGGCCGCUGCCUUCCUCCCAGCCUGCCCCUGCUCCACGUCUAUCAGCGCACCCCACACCCACCUCAACCGCCUCUCCUGCUGCUGCAGCUUCUGCCUUUACUUCUGCCGCAUCUCCUGCUGCUCCCCCCGCCCCCACUGUGCCGGCCUUCCAGCAGCACGGGGCGGCGGCUGAGCUGGCAGCAAUGAUGGCGGCACGCUUCCACAGCAGUGGGCACGAGGACCGGGCGGGCAAGGGCGGCAUGAGCACGGAGAAGGCGGCGCUGCCUGCUGCACCCGGGGCAGACACAGCGCUGGCAGGGGCGGCAGCAGUGGUGGUGGCUCGGCGGAGGGAGGAGGCAUGGAGGCCGCUGCCUCUGCUGUGCAAGCGCUUCAACCUGCCCGACCCGUAUGCGGGCAAGGCCCCUCCCCCCCAUCUCCACCGCCCCUCUCAGCUCGACACCCUCACCUCCUUCCCCCAAACCCUCCCCUCCACCACGCCCGCCCCCACUGCUGCCCCCUC